CAUCAGUCUUCUAUAAUCUAAGUUCAAGUUGGUGCCGUCACCGUGGGAUAAUCUGAAUCCAAAUCCAGACCGAUGUUGAUAUUGAUAUCGAAGCUCAAGCUGUUCUAGUUCUGUCCGUCACGAUUCAAACUCUUAAGUUUACAAGCAAUGGCAUCCAGUGGAGAAGACAAGCCACCAUCAGAGUCAAUGGAUCAGACUCAAGAUACUACAAAAAGGCAGCGGACUACGAGCCAGGGCAGCGGCAGCGGCGCGGGCCGGGCGCGAUCCACCUCGCCGGCCGGGUUCCUCCUGCCGGGCGUGGCCGCCUCGCCGCCCCGCUUUGUCUCCCUCGAGGAGGUGAUGCGAGCCGCCAAUGGCGUCAGCAACAUGGCGCUGGCGCACGAAAUCGCCGUCGAUCACGAUUUCAAGCUGGAGAAGUACAAGGCACCUGAUAACAGUUUGUUGGGACGAGUGAAGGAGAUGACUCACAAAGCGUUCUGGGAAAUCCUGAAGCAGCAGCUCGAGUCUGACCCGCCCGACUUCUCACAGGCGCUCAGUCUGAUGACUGAGGUCAAACAGACGCUGCUGUCGCUGCUGCUUCCCCAGCACACGUCACUGAAGAAGGAGGUGGAGGACAAGCUGGACGAGACGGUCAUCAAGCAGCAGGCAGAGGCCGGCACACUCGAUUUCAGCGAGUACUCUGGCUUCGUGCUGUCCAUCAUGUCUCGGAUCUGCGCGCCGGUGCGGGACGAUGCUAUUCGAGAGCUGGGCCAGCGCGCUACUGUAGUCGACGUGUUCAGAGGAAUCAUGGAGACGCUGGAGCUGAUGCGGAUCGACAUGGCCAACUUUGCCAUCCAGCAGGUGCGGCCACACAUCAUCGCCCAGAGCGUCGAGUACGAGAAGAAAAAGUUUGCCGAGUACCUCAGUACCACCAACGACGGACUGCUGGUGACCCGCCAGUGGCUGGAGCGGAACGUGGUAUAUGACGGCGACCCGGCCACGCGUAUACGGGACACGGUCAACGCCGCCUACCUCGAGUUUCUCGACUGGGACGACAGCACAGAAGUGCCAGAGACUCUGGCGAUGGACUGGCGCCGUCUGACCGAGCUGCGGCUGGAGGCGCAGCAGAUGAUGACGGCCGCUGCCGCCCUGCUGCUCACCUACAGCUCCUGCGGACAGCCCCUACAGGCGGUCACAGAGUUCCGCAAGACGCUCAAAGACAAACUGAUGGCCAUCCUCGCCGACGCCGACUCUCCCGAGAAGCUGGCUGAACUGCUGCCAAACGUGGCCGCGCAGUGUGUGCCAGAGGUGCGGGCCGGUCUGCAGACGCAGGGCCUUCCAGCGGCGACGGAUGAACAGCUUAAACAGAUGGCCGACAUGAUCGAGCAGCUGCGGGACCCCGGUCACGGACUGCGGGCACUGAUCAGACGGCGUGUUCGCGAGUUCCUGUCGACCAUCAUCGGCUCCACCACGGCCACCCCGAUGAAGGUGCCUCCCGGUCUCUCGUCCACCUCUGCUGAGCUGGCUCGUGUCGGCGGGCAGCUGCUGCGUAUCGUCUCACACAACCGAGCGGUGUUCGGUGCCCACUAUACGGAGAUCCUGGAGGGAGCCAUGCCUCGGCUGGACGCCAACCGAGCCGCCGGGGAGGCGGUGGGGGAGGCGACGCUGCCUCCGCAGCCGGGACCCGCUAACUGAAGGGGUCUCGAUGUGUGUGUGUG